AUGGCCCUCAACACGGUUAUCUACUAUGCUGCCCUCCGCGGUAUCGAUUACCUGAGCGAGGCCGUCACCGUCGAGGCUGCCGCCCCCGCCCAGACUGAGACCAAGCCCUCCGCUGCCCCCGUCAAGGAGGCGCCCGCCGCCAAGAAGGCCGAGGAGGAGGUGGAUGAGGACGACCUUUUCGGAGGCGUCGAUGAGGAGGAGCUCGCUGCCGAGAAGAAGAGGCGCGAGGACGAGAAGAAGAGCAAGAAGAAGGUUGAGGAGAUUCAGAGGUCCAACAUCAUCUUCGACGUCAAGCCUCUCGGUGACGACACUGACCUGAACGAAAUGGAGAAGGUCGUGAGGGCCAUCACCCUCGACGGUCUUACCUGGGGUCCCUCCAAGUUCGUCGACAUCGCCUACGGCGUGAAGAAGCUUCAGAUCAGCUGCGUCGUCGUUGACGACAAGGUGUUCACUGAGGAUAUUGAGGAGGGCAUCAUGGCGCACGAGGAACUUGUGCAGUCCGUCGACAUUGCCUCCUUCACCAAGGUGUAA